CUUUGCUCUUCUGCCCCUCCUCCUGGAUCCUUGCCCAUUGGGCCCAGCUGGGGCCGGUAUAAAAGACGUGCAGAGGAGUGGGAGGGAUCCCGGAGAUCCUGAGGCCAAAAGGGAAACUGAGGCGCACACACAGGUGUCCAUGGCAGGCUGGGUGCUGUGCGUGACCCUGGUGCUGGCGGCACUGGCAGGGGCGGAGGGCGAGACCCGCUACGAGAAGUUCCUGCGGCAGCACGUGGACUACCCGCGGACAUCCACGCUGGCGGCGCACCGCUACUGCGAGACCAUGCUGGCGCGGCGGCGGGUGACGGCCCAGGGGAGGCCCUGCAAGCCCUCCAACACCUUCGUGCACGCGCCGGCCCGGGAUCUGGUGGCUGCCUGCUCCCAGGCGCCUGACGAGUCGGGGUUCCAGAGCACCCCCACAGCCAUGGGCAUAACAACCUGCCGCCUGCGGGGCGGGGACACCCGCACCCCCUGUGCCUACCGCGCCCGCCAACUCCAGCACCACGUGCGGGUCUCCUGCCGCGACGGGCUGCCCGUGCACCUCGCCGGCACCUACGCGCCCCCGCAGUGAGGCUGGCCGCGCAGGGGCUGUAGGUGGGGGAUACGGAUUCUCCUUCCUGCUGGAGGCUCCAUUAAAUGCCUGAAAUAAAGGAGGUGUCACAGG